CGUCGCCCUGCGCCUCCUCUCCAUGUAGCCCGUCCUCGGCUCGUCUGCAGCGAGGCGUGCGGAGGGACGGCGAGCCGUCACGCCGUCACGCCACCUCGCCCGGACAGGUCGCUCCAUCUCUGCCCCCCCUCGCCCCCUCCCACCCCCUCCUCCUGUCCCCUUCCCCUCUGUCCAGCAGCCGAACAGAGCCGCCGGCAUCCCGUGGAUUUAUCUCUCUGCCACCUGGGGGGGGAACCUGAGGCAGGAAGUCCCUCCCCCCCUCCACGCCGCAGAUGACCUCGGCUCCUCUGUGAAAAUCUGACCCCCAGCACCAUGAACAAGAUGAAGAACUUCAAGAGGCGUUUCUCGCUGUCGGUUCCUCGCACCGAGACCAUCGAGGAGAACGAGUUCACCGAGCAGAUCAAUCAGCUCAACAUACGGCACACUCAGGGCCUGACCCCGGACAGGCUGGGUCCCCCCUCCAGCGAUGCCAGUCCAGUGAGUCCGGAGCCCACCACCCCGGGGGCGCAGUCUCCUUCCCACCUGCACUACCACAGCAAGGCCCAGCACAGACGCUUCUCCAUGGAGGACGUCAGUAAGAGGAUGUCUCUGCCCAUGGACAUCCGUCUGCCUCCAGAGUUCCUCAAGAAGCUGCAGCUGGAGAGUGAAAACUCCCCGCUCUGCAAACCGCUCAGCCGCAUGUCCAGACGGGCCUCUCUGUCGGACAUCGGAUUUGGAAAACUGGAGACGUAUGUGAAGCUGGGGAAGCUGGGUGAGGGGACGUACGCCACCGUGUUCAAAGGUCGGAGCAAGCUGACGGAGAACCUGGUGGCGCUGAAGGAGAUCCGGCUGGAGCACGAGGAGGGAGCACCGUGCACGGCUAUCAGGGAGGUGUCUCUGUUGAAGAACCUGAAACAUGCCAACAUCGUCACGCUGCACGACAUCAUCCACACCGACCGCUGCCUCACCCUGGUGUUUGAGUAUCUGGACAGCGACCUCAAGCAGUACUUGGACAACUGCGGGAAUCUGAUGAGCAUGCACAAUGUCAAGAUCUUCAUGUUCCAGCUGCUGCGCGGUCUGUCCUACUGUCACAAGAGGAAGAUCCUCCACCGAGACCUGAAGCCUCAGAACCUGCUCAUCAACGACAAGGGAGAGCUCAAGCUGGCCGACUUCGGUCUGGCGAGGGCCAAGUCCGUCCCGACCAAAACCUACUCCAACGAGGUGGUGACUCUGUGGUACCGGCCCCCCGACGUGCUGCUGGGCUCCACGGAGUACUCCACCCCCAUCGACAUGUGGGGCGUGGGCUGCAUCCUCUACGAGAUGGCAACGGGCCGCCCCAUGUUUCCUGGGGCCACGGUGAAGGAGGAGCUGCACCUCAUCUUUAGGCUCAUGGGGACUCCGACAGAAGAAACUUGGCCCGGGAUCAGCAGCAGUGAAGAGUUUAGGUCCUACCUCUUUCCACAAUACAGACCUCAAGCUCUGCUCAACCAUGUGCCGAGGUUGGACCUGGAUGGAAUUGAGCUUCUGUCUGCGUUGCUGCUGUACGACACCAGGAGCAGGAUCUCCUCCGAAGCUGCUCUACGGCACCCGUACUUCACCAGUCUGGGGGAUACCAUACACAACCUGGCUGACACUGCAUCAGUGUUUUCCCUGGGAGAGAUUCAGCUCCAGAAGGAUCCAGGUCACCGCAGCUCAGUGUUCCAGCCUUUAGCUCGAGGGAAGAACCGAAGACAGAGCAUCUUCUAGACGGCAGGAGGAAGAAGAGCGGGAGGAACGGAGGAGCUGCCUUUUCAGACCACAUCACCAGCCGGAGCUGAAACACACUUCAACGCCACACACACUCAGAGAUUCAUACACACACACUCUCAUGUCAGCUAAAGGAGAAAAAAAAAAAACAAAUCUAAUUUCUACCGAGUUAUCUGAAGUCAGAGCGAGAACACUGCAAGUAUUGUCCAAGUUCUGCUGGAACAAACCCAAAGACGCGUUCAAGUAUUUUUGGUUAUGAAUCAAGCCUGAACAGGAUUCCCAGAAUUCUCUGUUUCUUGGCCUCAGUUUCUUCCUCGUGAUGCUCCCGAAGCUCCAAACACAGAAAACAGUUUAUAAACUACUGAGAGGAGGAGAUCUACAGGUUCAGGCCUCAAACAGCAGCUGAAGCUCGACUGAAUGUCUUACUUGUAAUAUUCAGGUAUCGAUUGAGAUGUUGAAAAAAAAAUAGAUUCUCUCUAAAAUUACUUUCUUAAAAUCUGUUUUUUAAAUGGUUGUGGAUAAAUAGCAAUGACUUGGGGUGCUUCUGUUUAAGACGAAAUUAUAUUAGCUAAAAAUGUGCUAAAGAGCAGUUUAUCAAGAAUUCAACCAGGAAAGAGGAGAAGCUCAGACGCAGCGUGUUGCUGCUGGAAGCUAGCUAGCUAGCUAGCUCGCUAGCUGAGACCUGUUUCCACCACGUUUCAAGUGAAAACGCACCGUUUAGGUUUCAGAGAAGGUUCGUUCUGAAAACCCUGCAGUUAGCAUGUUGGGACUGUUUUCAAAAACUGUAAAUUCCCUCAAUUCCACGGAGGUGCAGAAGGAGCGUUCGCAAAAAAUUGCGUUUUCCGCCAUUGCCAUGGGCGUGCUUUCAAAAAAUUGCAUUUUCAUCAUUGUUGUGUAAACAGACACCCAAAACAUUUCAAAAGUUUUCUGUUUUCACUUGAAAAUGUCGUGUAAACAGGGCUGCAAGUUAAAAUUAAAAGAGGGGGGGGGCAAAGUGUACAAGGAGCAAAUCUUCUACACCCUUUCAAAUUAAAAGCUUUUCGUCAAAAGAGUGUAUUUUGAUGCCAGGAAUCGGUCAAACUCGGAGCUUUUACCGGAGCUGCGUCCAAUCAUUCCAAACCAGCUGACACGAUUAAAACAACACUGGAUUUCUGGAAAUCCCGCUCUGUGGAACUCCAGGUCCGUCUGAGACACUCAGCGUUGCGGUAGCAUCACUCAGUUCAUCCACCUUACCUCUGCUCACACCUCCUCUCACACUCGGAGCCUUCCACCAUCUCUACCUUCAUUGUGAAUACGAGCCUCGGAGGCGGAGCGGACUCGCCUUGCUGUUUGUUCCAUGCAGUGUUGACGGCUGACUCUCACUCCAGUUGUUUGAAGUUGCCUUAGUAAACCGUGCAUGAUACUUUGGCUUGUGAAGACUCUAUAUUUGAUCUAGUGUAGCCAGUGUUAGGAGGCAUCGCUUCGUGUCUGUAAAUAACUCUCUAUGAGUGUAUGUACUUCUUAGUCUCCUAUUUUGCACAAACCAGAAGUGUCCUCUGAAGCCUGCUCCCUUCCCCUCUGUGCUUUUCCUCAAGUGGUUCUCGUAUAAAGCAUCGCGUCCCGAACUCCUCCACCGGUGGACGAGUAGAGUUUGUCUGACAGGAGCUUCUCAGUAGCACUUUGCUCCCAGAGGAACUCACCACUACCCCUUAUAUUUUGCACAGUGCCGGAGUCGCUUUUGGCCGUCCGUCCGUUGACACUCUUUGGUGACGAUCAGUGAUCCGGCUGUGGUUUAGGUCCUCGUAAUCCAGAGCUGCAGAGAUCCUGCAGGAAGAGAGAACUGGGGGAUCCUCACGUAACGCCAAGGUGUUGGAUUAUAAAGGCAAUAUGAGAGAAGCACUGUGGGCCUCAUGUUUAACUCCCAGGUUUAGACAGAUGCAGUCCUCAGUGCGUACGGUUAAUUAAUCCACUUCCACAUGUGUGUUUCCAACCUGUGGUAUCAGGCCGUGACUCUGCAGCCUCCUCCCAUCAGCUGACCUGAUCCACACAGACAGGAAGCAAUGCUUCACCUAUUUGCUGAAAAAGAAAAUUGAUAGCCGUUGAAUUUGUUCUCCAGCACAGGCUUGCAGCGUGAAGUGAAAUCUAGCUGGACUUGCUGCAGUUUUUCAACAGUGCUCCACUGGAAGAGGAUUCCUCCUGUUUUUUCUUGAUGCAUUUACAUGAAGUCUUUCUGAACCCGUGUCUAUAAAUAAGAUGUAGUGACAGCCGACGUCCCUUUAUUGCAGCAGCGGUAAGCAGUUUCCAUGAGAACGAUCUUCGAGGAUCCAGAGCCUUUUGAGAAGAUAACUUGGUUGACUUGAGGUUCCAGGUCCAGGACCUCCAGGGUACAUCCUGAUCUUUCUGCAGAUGGUUUUGGUGGGAAAAGUUAUCAACUCUAACUAUUUUACUGGUAACUCAGAUUGGACCAUGAAGCUGUACGAGAUGAGGUUCAGACUCGUUGAUUCAGUUUGAUGAGUUUCAUUUGUCUUUCAGUAGCUCCUCUUCUGAGGGAAUCACAGCUGAACUCAGUCAGCCUCCUCGGCUUGGUUUACAGGAGAUGCUAACGCUAACAGCUAGCGGUCACAAACAGGUAUAGGCGGGUCUGAGGGCAGGAACUGGUCA